GUGCAUGAUUUUUUGUGUUACCUAUACGAUUACCUAUUAGUUCGCGGAUUUAUUUAGAUCAGAAAGAAUUACAGUUAAAUACGUGUUCAAUAAAGAACUCACUGUUUCGUUAUCAGAAUUGUAUAAAAAAAAUCAAUCAUGGGAAAAGUUAAACUGUUUCACGAAUCUGACCAAGAGGAUAGUGAACCAUUGGAUUUUAAAACGAAUAAAAGUUAUGCCAAGCAUUAUAAUGAAUUUCGGAAGAAAGAAAUUUUGGGCCAACUGAAAAAUUUAGAAUCAGACGAAGAAUCUUCUAGUGACGAUGAAACGACCGACGAGGAAGUUGUAGAUGCUGAUUUUGAUAAGGAGUUCUUCCGGACAUUGGCCUAUUUAAAAAGGCGCGAUCUUACUAAAUAUGAAGAAAAACCUUCUUUUUUCGAAAAUAUUAAACCAGUCGAGGAAGUUGCGUUGCAGAAACGUAAAAAGAAAGAAAAACCUUUGACUCUAAAAGAUUAUGAACGUAAAGUCAUCGUGGAGAAAGGUGGUAUUUUCGAAGACGAAGAAGAUCAAUAUGCUCAAAAUAAAAGGGCUGAAUCUCCUUCGCUGGUGCAACAGCAAGAGCAUAUUAAAAAUCAAAUCAAGCAAGCACUAAAUCAGAUUGAUACGGACGAUGAUGAUGAGCUGGAGGAGGACAAAGGUUUAUUGAAGAAACGUGAUAAAACUAAAGAAGAUGCUGAAAAAGAACAGGCAGACUACUUGGAAUGGCUGACCGAUAGAAAAACAAAGGAACCACCUUCAGAUGAUAUCAAAAUUCUCAAACCUCUGAAAGAUUUCUGGAGCAGUAAGUCGCUCUCGAAAGAGGAGGCAUUUUUAAAGGACUACAUUCUAAAUAAAAGAUUUGUUGAUGGUUCUGGAAAUAUUCCAUCUUACGAAGAUAUAGUUGCAACAUCAGAGGACGAGGAAGAGUUGGAAAAGCAGGAAGAAUAUGAAAGGCAGUAUAAUUUUCGGUUUGAGGAACAAGAUUCCGAAUUUAUUAAGCGGUAUCCUCGAAAUGUUGAGGAUUCUGUACGCAUAGAACGAAACAAAAGAAAAGAGCAGCGACAAGCUCUAAAAGAAAGAAAGGAAAAAGAAAGAGAACAUAAAAAACGCGAACUAGAAGAGUUAAAAGCUAUUAAAUUGCAGGAAAUUAAGGAUAAAAUCGAGAAAUUGAAGCAAAUUGCUGCUACUGAUGGUAUGGAUAUCAAUGAAGAACAGCUGGAAUCGGAUUUUGAUCCUGAAGAACAUGACCGACGUAUGCGUCGUAUGUUCAAUGAUGACUAUUAUGAAAUUGAUGAAGGCGAUCAGAAGCCAGAGUUUCCCGAUUUGGAUGAAGAACUUGGUAUUGAAAAUUAUGAUCGAGAAAAGAGUGAAUCAGAAGGGCUGCAAAAUCAUGAACCUUUUUGUGAAGAUGAUGAUUUCGUGAUGGAUGCCGAUUAUGAUGAAAAAUUGCACAAGAAAAAAAUGGGUCUCCAGGAAGAAAUGCUUCAGGCAACCGCGAGCAAGAAGAAGAAGGGUAAAAGGAUUUCGAAAUUUGUUGAGGUACUGAAGAAGGAAAAGCCGAUCUUUGACCCGGAAGAUGAGAAAACUUAUGGAGAGUAUAUAGAUGAGUACUAUAAGCUGGAUUACGAGGAUAUCAUUGGAGAUACACCGUGCCGAUUUCGAUACGUAGAAACAGUACCAAAUACUUUUGGAUUAACUAUUGAAGAGAUCCUAAUGGCCAAUACGCGUGAGCUAAACCGUUGGGCAAGUGUUAAGAAAACCGUUCAAAUUAGACCGAAAUAUGCAGAAUUGAACGAGUGCGAAGUUUACAAAAGAAAAGCCCAAAAUGAAGAGUUGAAGAAAAAAAUUUUGCCUAGUCUUUACAAGUCACAAGAAGAAAGCAAUCCUGAAGAAGAUGAUGAAAUCUUACAAACAAAGGCAAGUAAAAAAAUCAAUGUUAGUAAACAAGAAGGUGACCAAGUUGAUAAGACUAUCGGUGAUCAACAUUUGGAGAAAAGCGACGAAAAAAAGAAAUUCAAGAAAAAACGAAAAGAAAAGCAUUCGCCCACACAUCCUUCUAAUGAGCAUGGUGAAGUAGACGCUAUUCAAUAUGGCAAAAAAUCCCAAAAAAGGAACACUAAGAAUGCGGAACAACAAACCGUUGAAGCUGAUAGCAGCGACAAAAGCAAUCAUCAUGUUCAGGAACAAAGCAAAAAAUCCAAAAAACGAAAAUUGACAAAUCUUGAACCUGUUGCAUCUGGUUCCAAAAAGCAUAGAAAAAUGCUGCCAUUAUUGGACUCGGUUCCCAACGUAAGUGAGAGUCGGUUGCGAGCGUUUGGCAUUAACCCGAAAAAGUUCCACAACAAGCUCAAAUAUGGCGGGAAAGGGAAGGAACGUCUCCAGGACCAAACUUUGCAAGGUGACAGUAAAGCUGCGCCGAAAUGCAAAUUUAGCAUGAAGAAUGAAAAGUUUAAAGAUGUUAAUAAGAAAAAACACUAAUAGGGUAAAUAAAACAAGCUUUAUAAAGCUAUAUGAAUAUGUUAUUGUAAAUAAAAAUUGAGUAAAACACGUGGGCAUGUGAUAAA